CGCGGCUGCUCAAAGCGGCGUCAGGUGCAGCGCCGCCAGUCGUUAGAACUACGUUUCCCAUGAUGCUCCGCGGCGCGGCUGGAGAAUCCGUGGAUCACGGAGUGCGCGUGCGUAUCCAGACGUGGCAGCGGCAUCAUGGCCUCCUGGACCCGCUCCGGGACUCGGAUGAGGGCGAACAUGCUGGUGCUCGUGCUGCUGGUGUGGCUGCUGUCGGCGCUGGAAGCAGUGAAGGUGUCGCCCCUCAUAGAGAAAGUCGGCGAUCACAAAGACUUGAAGAAGCUGCUGAGGACGAGGACCAACGUUCUGGUGCUCUACACCAAGACAGCGGCGGCGGGCGACGCCCACCUGAAGCUGCUGUCCGACGUGGCCCAGGCGCUGAAGGGCCAGGCCACCAUCGCCUGGGUCGACUGUGGAGACUCCGACGGCCGGAAGCUCUGCAAGAAGAUGAAGGUGGAUCCAGGAUCCAGGCAGGGGGGGGCCGAGCUGCUGCACUUCAAGGACGGAUCGUUCCACACGGAGUACAGCAGACCGGCGACCUUCAAAUCCAUGGUGGCGUUCUUAAAAGACCCAUCAGGUCCUCCGCUGUGGGAGGAGAACCCUGAGGCGAAGGACGUGGUCCACGUGGAGACGGAGAAAGACUUCAGGAAGCUGCUGAAGAAGGAAGAGCGGCCGGUUCUCAUGAUGUUCUACGCUCCCUGGUGCGGCGUUUGUAAGAGGAUGCAGCCCAUCUUUCAACAAGCGGCCACAGAGACCAAAGGGAAAUACGUUCUGGCCGGGAUGAACGUCCACCCGGCCCAGUUCGACGGCCUGAAGCAGGAGUUCAGCGUCAAAGGAUACCCCACCUUCUGCUACUUCCAGAAGGGCCGGUUCCUGCACCACUAUGAGAACUACGGCGCCGGCGCUGCAGACCUGGUGGCCUGGCUGAAGGACCCCCAGCCCCCCCAGCCCAAGACCCCCGAGGUGCCGUGGGCGGAGACGGACUCGGCGGUCUUUCACCUGACGGACGAGUCCUUCGACGGCUUCCUGGAGGAGCAGCCCGCCGCCCUGGUCAUGUUCUACGCUCCAUGGUGCGGCCACUGCAAGAAGAUGAAGCCGGAGUUUGACGAAGCAGCCGAAAUCCUCAACAGGGGCUCGGACAGCCCCGGCGUGUUGGCUGCCCUGGACGCCACGGUGCACAAGGCGGUGGGCGAUCGCUUCAAGAUCUCCGGCUUCCCCACCCUGAAGUACUUCCAGAAUGGCGAGGAGAAGUUCACGCUGCCGCAGCUGCGCAGCAAGGACAAGAUCAUGGAGUUUAUGCACAAUCCGCAGGCUCCGCCCCCGCCGGAGCGGUCCUGGGAGGACAGGCCGUCCAGCGUCAGCCAUCUUGGAUCCGAAGAUUUCCGCGAGGCUCUGAAGAAGAAGAGGCACGCUCUGGUCAUGUUCUACGCUCCCUGGUGUCCUCACUGUAAGAGCGCCGUCCCUCACUUCACGGCGGCAGCGGAGCUCUUUAAGGAAGACCGGAAGAUCGUGUACGCUGCAGUGGACUGCACCAAAGGACUCAACCACGACGUCUGCAAGCAGGAGGGGGUGGAGGGCUACCCCACCUUCAGCUACUACCACUACGGCAAGUUUGUGGAGAAAUACAACGGAGACCGGGGGGAGGCUGGAUUCACUGGUUUCAUGCGCAGCCUUCGAGGACGCGACCAGGAGAAGGUGGGGAAGAAGAAGGAGGAGCUCUGAAGGCGGCGUGCGGUGGGGCGAUGCACUGUGACCCUUGACCCCGGCGAGGGCCCGAACAGCACUGAUGUGGGAGACCCGGUGGCCUCAGUGAACAGCUGUGGUUUAAGAUGAGACCUACAGAGCACUCUGGGCCAAACCAACCACGGGACUCUUCCUCAGUGGUUUUUCUUUUUCCAUGAAGAUUCUGACGGCAGAAGAUCGAAGACACUCGGACAAACAGACGCUUCGUCUUUCUUUCUGUUUUGUUGCCCGAUCACUGUGACUCCAUCUGUGAAACGCUGCACCCCACUUGGUAUCUAUGCAACACUGAAGCCUGCUUCAGUGUGUGUGUGUGUGUGUGUGUGUGUGUGUGUGUGUGUGUGUGUGUGUGUGUGUGUGUGUGUGUGUGUGUGUGUGUGUGUGUGCUGAUGCUUGUUUAAAAGCUGCCCACUCUUCAUCACCACUCAGUCCAGCUCUCGUCCUGUCUGCUGAUUUGGUCUCGGCCUCCAGAACCCUCCAGAACCCUCCAGAACCCUCCAGAACCCUCCAGAACCCUCCAGAACCUUGUUCCCUCUCACAGGGAACGUCACGUCUAAGUAGAAACAAUGAAAUCUUGUGUCAGUGAUCUUUAUUCUGUGUGCGUCUGUUUUCAGAGGAGGCUAUUCUGUUUGCCUUAAAGAUGCCAAAAUAAAAACUCAAGUAUCCAGAAUUCUCCGGGGCCUCCAGUGUCUCCGGGGCCUCCGGUGUCU